AUGGACAAGUUCCGGAUGAUUUUCCAGUUCCUGCAGUCCAACCAGGAGUCCUUCAUGAACGGCAUCUGCGGCAUCAUGGCACUGGCCAGCGCCCAGAUGUACUCUGCCUUCGAUUUCAACUGCCCCUGCUUGCCCGGCUACAACGCAGCCUACAGCGCGGGCAUCCUGCUGGCGCCCCCGCUGGUGCUCUUCCUGCUCGGCCUGGUCAUGAACAACAACGUGUCCAUGCUGGCGGAAGAGUGGAAGCGGCCCCCGGGCCGCCGGGCCAAAGACCCUGCCGUGCUGCGCUACAUGUUCUGCUCCAUGGCCCAGCGGGCCCUCAUCGCUCCCGUCGUCUGGGUGGCCGUCACACUGUUGGAUGGCAAGUGCUUCCUCUGUGCCUUCUGCACUGCCGUGCCCGUGACUGUGCUGGGCAACGGCAGCCUGGCGCCCGGCCUGUCCCCACCCGAGCUCGCCCGCCUGCUAGCCCGGGUGCCCUGCCCCGACAUCUAUGACGGCGACUGGCUGCUGGCCCGCGAGGUGGCCGUGCGUUACCUGCGCUGCAUCUCCCAGGCACUGGGCUGGUCCUUCGUGCUGCUGACCACACUGCUGGCAUUCGUGGUGCGCUCUGUGCGGCCCUGCUUCACACAGGCCGCCUUCCUCAAAAGCAAGUACUGGUCCCACUAUAUCGACAUCGAGCGCAAGCUCUUCGACGAGACGUGCACGGAACACGCCAAGGCCUUCGCCAAGGUCUGCAUCCAGCAGUUCUUCGAGGCCAUGAACCACGACCUGGAAUUGGGUCACGCCCACGGGGCACUGGCCACGGCCCCCGCCGGCUCGGCUGCCCCAGCGCCCCCCGAGGGUGCUGAGGAGGAGAGGGAGAAGCUCCGUGGCAUCACGGAUCAAGGCGCCGUGAACAGGCUGCUCACGAGCUGGCACAAAUGCAAGCCGCCCCUGAGGCUGGGCCAGGAGCAGCCGCCGGUGGGCAACGGCUGGGCGGGGGGCGGGCCCCGGCCUCCACGCAAGGAGGUGGCCGCCUACUUCAGCAGAGUGUGA